AUGAAGACCCAAAACGCAAAGCUUUUUAAGGUUCGAGAUCUCACACAGAUGUCACGCCAUUUCGCCGUGUUCGCAGUACGAAAUCCAACUGAAAUUCCCGCACAAGGCCACUACGGUUUCGAACUAAGUCUCGUGAAACUUGAUACGUACAACUUCGGGCAUGCUCGUUCAGCAGCUAUUCGAAUGUCGAGCGAGAGAUACGCGAAAACCCCCAAUAGCCGAGCGUACCACACGAUGAGAGAGUGGCUCUCGAGAUAA